GGUAACCGGUUUUUGAAAAUGAUUAUGCAGUUGUGUCUUCCAUUAUUGCUGCUGCUGCCGGCGCUGCUGAGCGCCGAGCUAUGCGGCAUUCCAACCAAGCCGGAGAUGGCCGCCACACGCCCCAAUUUGUAUCGUGGACAGCAGGAGUUCUCAGUUGCCAUGCUGGAUGCCAUUCGCAAGGCAACACCCAAAGAGAACGUCUUCUUCUCACCCUACAGCACCUAUCAUGCCCUCCUGUUGGCCUAUUUCGGUGCCACAGGUCAGACAGAAGCGGAGCUCUCUAAGGUGCUUCGUUUAGACUGGGCGUCAUCAAAGGAAACCGUGCGCAGUGCCUAUCGCUUGGAAAAGUCGGAUCGUUUUAGUCGCGCCAGUAAGAUGCCUCUGGAGUUCUCAUCCGCCGAUCGUUUGUACUUUGAUGAGCGUGUGAAGCUGGCCAGCUGCCUGAAUGAGAGACUCCACGAUGAAAUUGUUCAGUUGAAUAUCAGGGAUAAUGCCGAGCAGACACGACAACAGAUCAAUAGCUGGAUUGCAAAUGUCACACACGAUCAAAUUAAGGACAUGAUUGCUUCUGGUGAUAUCGAUUCAAGUACUCAACUGGUGCUGGCCAAUGCGGCGUACUUCAAGGGCCAAUGGUCCAGUCGCUUCAGUGCGGAGAAAACAAAGCAGAUGCCAUUCCAUACAUCCAGCGAUAAGGUGUCGUUUGUACCAAUGAUGAGUCAGAAGGGAACCUUCCUAUUGCAUCCGGAUGAGCGCCUGGGCGCCCAUGUUCUGCAACUCCCAUAUCGCACAUCGUUUAACGAGGAUGAUGAAGAUUCCGAUAUCUCUAUGGUCAUCAUACUUCCACCAUUCCGCAAUGAUGCUCUUGAGCAUGUGCUGUCAAAGUUAAACUCGGAAACCUUGGCGGCCGCUUUGAGGGAAGCCUCGCCUCGUGAGAUUGAAGUGAUGUUGCCCAAAUUCGAGUUUGAGCAGCGUCUGGAACUCGUACCAAUCCUGCGUGAAAUGGGCGUCAACAAGAUAUUCGAUCAUGACGCCAGCUUCAAUGACUUUAGCACCGAGCAGACCAUCAAUUUUGGCGAUGCCAAGCACAUGGCCAAAAUCAAGGUGGAUGAGGAGGGCAGCACUGCAUCGGCAGCGACCGUUUUAGUCAGUUUCCGUUCGGCCCGACCCAUCGAACCAACCAAAUUUGAAUGCGAUCAUCCAUUUGUGUUCCUGAUUUACGAUCGCAAAUCGAACGCCAUUCUGUUUACCGGCAUUUAUCGUGAUCCCAAGACAAUGAAAUAAAUAUAUGUGUAUAUAUGUUUGUCCAUCAUGUCUUGACUAAGUGCGUGUGCUUAAAUUUAUAAUUUUAUUUCUUUAAUAAAUUAUGUGAACAAGUAAA